AUGCCGUUCGGGGGCCUUGAUGGCAACAGAAGACGGGCUUGGUCUUGGUCUGCGAGUCCAGAAUCCAGAGGUGCAGGUGCCCUAAGGGUCAGGGUGAGCCCCAGGGGCCAACCACCACGGCUUCAGGCUGUAGUUUCUCCCCAACUCUCCAGACUCCUAACGCUUACGGCCAAGAGUGGCAAGGGUGAGGACGGGAGCUUCCCCCCAAAACUGCCCAGCCUUCCCCGGGGGGAGGAGCUGGACGCCCGUGCGGGGAGGACGAAGGGCCACCGAGGGAGCAGGCAAGUGGCGUGGGAGUCCCUGGGCUGA